AUGACCUAUAUCAGCUGUUCAUCAAAGUAUCUAGACAAACUCCUUCGUUUCGACCCAAACUACAUUUUAAAACUGAAUAUCACCACAUCAGAGGACUUAAUUGAAAAUAAAUCCAUUGAUAUCAACACAGUAAUUAUCUACGGAACAUCAACAGGAAGAGUAAUAGUACUUACACUGCUAAGUAUCGCAGUAAUGAAUAAAGAUGAAGAACAAGUCAAUUAUCUUUUAAGUAAAAAUGCAGAUGUAAAUUUAGGAACCGACACGGUAGGACUGAGUUCUGUUCACAGAGCUCUAACAAGUGGAAGCUGGAGAAUAUUCCUCAAAUUAAUCUCCCAUGGAGCUGCUUUGGAUCAAGACUUUAAAGUCUUGAAGUGUCCGACAAUACACAUUGCCAUUGAAAUGGGAAGCUAUCAAGCUGUGAAACAUCUUAUUGAUGCAGGAGUUAAUGUCAAUGUUAAAUAUAACAACGUGACUCCAUUAGAAGCUGCGGUGUCGCUUGGUCACAUGGAUAUUAUUAAAAUAUUAAUUAACAAUGGUGCUGAUAAGGAUGCUAAAGGAACAGGAGUAAUUCUUGGGAAAGCUUUAACAAAAGCUAUUCUUCGUGGACAGGAAAAAAUUCGGGACUUUUAUUUGAAUUGUGGAGCUCAUAUUAAUUACCGAUUAAGUAAUGAAAGAGGAAAAGAAUCAAUCUUGCAUCGAAUUGUCCAAUUAGGAAACUUUGAGACGUUUAAAUUUUUGCUGAACUUUAAUGAGAUAGAUAUUAAUGCUACCACAGAAGAAAAUUAUUCAGCGCUUCAUGUUGCUCUGGCGCAAAAUCACCCGAUAGAUCCUAGAAUUGUCUACAAGCUUCUAAGCGCGGGCAUUAAUAUUAAUCUAGAAAGCAGAAAUAAAAAAUUAGCGCUUCAUUGCGUGAACAAAUGCAAUAAUUCAUUAUAUUUAAGUCUCGGGAAACAUAUUGUUAAAUUAAUUGCUGCUGGGUUUUAUGUAUGUCCUGGAAAUUUUAGAGCAGUAAGCAAUCCUCCCUGGAACUCUUUCAGAGAUAAAUGUCAGCAAGAAGUCAAAUUAUUGAGGAGUAUUAAAAUUACGGAUUGUGUUACUUAUUAUGAUGUUUUGAGAAUGUCAUUACAGAAAUUGGCUGGUGUUUCCGCAGUAUGGAGAGAUGAUUUAUUACAGGCUUCUGAAAGUUUUACAAAGGAUAGAAUUGCUGGGAAAGGAGAGUAUUUUAGAUUUUAUUUUACCUGA